ACACAUAUUAAAUUACUUGCAGGCCUGGUGGUGUGGACUUUAAACAGGUGGAGGGACAGACUUCAGGAAAUUAAUUUCUUCUUCCUGGAAAGCAAUUCAAGUAUUUUCAAAUGGCAAAAUUCUUUACACCAGCUCAAAUCAACGAGUUCAAGGAGUGCUUUUCAUUAUAUGACAAGAAACAAAAGGGAAGGAUUGACAUCAAGGACCUGAUCACAGUUAUGCGCUGCCUUGGCACCAGCCCCACACUUGGUGAAAUUGAAAGACAUCUUCAAGUUCACAAAAUGGAAAAGUCAGGGAGCUUGGACUUCUCUACAUUCCUGACCAUGAUGCACCGGCAAAUACAACAGGAAGACCCUAAGACAGAAAUUCUUGAAGCCCUGAGGAUGACCGACAAACAAAAGAAAGGAUACAUUCAAGCCUCGGAGCUGAGGGCCAAGCUCACCAUGUUAGGAGAGAAACUUACUGUCAAAGAAGUGGAUGAGCUGUUCAAAGAAGCAAACAUCAAGCCAAAUGGAGUUGUUAACUAUGAAGAGUUUGCAGAAAUGGUUACUCUGCCACCUGUGGAUUAUUGAGCUCAGCCAGUGUGAGGAAGAAACAUACACAGACAUUUCUGCAUGCCGAUCUUAUUUGAACCGUUUCAUGACGUUUGGAGAAACAUUGAAGGUCUUGCUUUUGUGUCUGUUGUAUUAAAAUGCAUCUCAUUCA